UCUGACUUUUUAAAGUAGGGUGUCCUCCUCACAGUUUAAUGAAAUCUUCCUUUUAAAAAUCUUGCAGUUUUUUCUUUGGUCAUAUGCCGGUCCUGUGGGAAAGCUUGAAAAGUAAGAAACUUGUUCACAAUAUCUUUCUGCAAUGGGCUGAGGAAUAUGGGCCAGUCUUGCGUUUUACUGCCUUUCAUAGAGUGUCCUUAUUGAUAGUGAGUCCUGAAGCAGUAAAGGAAUACUUGAUGUUACCACAGUACCCAAAGGACCGAAUUACAUAUGGCUAUCUUUUCAAUAUGUUUGGUGUAAGAUUUUUAGGGAAUAGCCUGGUAACUGAACCUGACUAUGACCAUUGGCACAAGCAGCGGAGAAUUAUGGAUCCGGCAUUCAGUCGAACUUACCUGAUUGACUUGAUGGGACCUUUUAAUGACCAAGCAGAAGAGCUUAUGAAGGAGCUGCAGAAAAAAGCCGAUGGAGAAACCCAAGUGGAUGUGAUGAACCUGCUGGGACGGGUGACGCUGGACAUCAUUGCAAAGGUAGCUUUUGGCCUAGAAUUGAACACUCUGCACGAUGACCAGACCCCUUUUCCACAUGCAGUGAACUUGGUCAUGAGAGGACUGGGCGAAGGACGCAAUCCAUUUUUCAAGUCCUGGAAAGGGUUACUACUUCAGGCUGAAGUGGAUGAGGUUAUUGGUGUGAAGACAGACAUUGCCUAUGAAGAUCUUGGAAAGCUUGAAUACUUAUCACAGGUCCUCAAAGAAGUUCUACGAUUAUAUCCACUAGCUCCUCGCACAGUACGCUGGACAGGAACAGAGAACAUCAUUGAAGGGGUUAAAAUUCCAGCAAACACCACCCUGAUUUUCAGCACAUACGUGAUGGGACGUAUGGAAAGAUAUUUCAAGGAUGCACUGACCUUCAAUCCUGACCGAUUUAGCAAAGAUGAACCAAGACCAUACUUUUGUUAUUUCCCAUUCUCCCUGGGACCUCGUUCUUGUAUUGGGCAGGUAUUUGCACUGAUGGAGGCGAAAGUGGUCAUGGCCAAAUUUCUGCAGAGGUUUGAAUUCCAGCUGGUUCCACCACAGAGCUUUAGAAUUUGGGACUUAGUGACACUGAGACCUGCAGAUGAUGUGGUGUGCAGGUUGAAAGCACGAUGUCAUUAAUUGAAAUUCAGUGGAAUCUUAGAACUCAUAUGGGGAAAUGUUAAAGGACAAUUAGUCCACAGUCAGUGUGAUUCGGUGAUUUUGGGUUUUGAGGGUGAGGUGGCAUCUGUGGUUGCCCUUCUUAAUAUUCAGUAGCCUUGUUCUUUGCCCUUGUAUUGGUUGCCUGUAUAUUUCCUAUUCCCUUUCGACCAAAUCCAGAAUACUACAUGAAUUAAAGGCUGCUGCUCCUUCUAAAGAGAAGGGGACGACAGAGGACGAGAUGGUUGGACACCGAAGCUACCAAUAUGAAUUUGACCAAACUCUGGCAGG